UCCUUUUACCUAAAUGACUCGAGCAUGAUCCCAUGUGGCCACAACUUCUCUGAAGACCUCUGCUCCACCGUCCCUCUUCUUUAGUUUGCAUGACAAGAAGAUAAAACCUUGAWGCAGGAGGAGACAGAUUUUACAAUGGCAGCGCCUCAAAAAGCAGAGAAUGCUGCAGUGAAAAGAGGAAUUGUKAUCAAAGAUGGCUGGCCUGGCUAUAGUCUGGAUCUCUUCACCUACCCUGAACACUACCACAACGACAUCGAGAACGUUUAUAUCCCACAUGGGGUCAUCAUGAACAGGGUGGAGCGUCUCGCCAGCCACAUCAUGGACGACAUUGAGGAUGCUAAGUUGAUGGUGCUGUGCGUCCUGAAGGGGGGUUACAAGUUCUGCUCAGACCUGGUGGAGUUCAUCAAGACUCUGGGCCGCAGCUCCAACCGGUACUUGGAGACGAGGGUGGAGUUUAUCCGUUUGAAAAGCUACCUGAACGACCAAUCCACGGAGGACCUACACAUCGUUGGAAGCAGUGAUCUGUCUUUUCUUCGUGGAAAGAGCGUGCUCAUUGUUGAGGCCAUCGUUGACACAGGAAAGACCAUGAAGGCCCUUCUGAAACAUGUGGAAACCUUUGAGCCCAAAAUGGUCAAGGUUGCAGGUUUGCUUGUGAAGAGGGUCUCUAAUACGGCUGAAAGUUUAACAGACUACGUCGGAUUUGAAAUUCCCAACCUCUUUGUUGUCGGCUACGCCUUGGACUACAAUGAAUAUUUCCGUGACCUGAAUCACAUCUGCGUCAUCAGCAAAACUGGAAAAGUGAAGUACAAGAUUUGAAAAUUACAUACUUGUUUACUACAAAUUCCCUUCCUUCAAAAAGGUCUCAUUUUGUUUUGCCUUUUGGUGCUUUCAUUUAUUUAAAUGUAAUACAUUUAAAUGUGUUUGAAAAUAAAAAGAAUU